AACGUGCCCGGGCAAAUUCACAUAUUAAGACUGUGCUUGCAUGGCGGACUUGCAAGCUUAUGUAAAAGAAAUUUCAAGAAGCCGAAGGCAUACUCCUCAUUCACUGCAAGACUUCAAGGAAAACCUGUUAAAAAGAUACAUUAAUGUCACAACCAGCCCAUCUACGAGUGAUUCUUUCAGAACAUGAUGUCCAGAAACUGGCAUUACCAUCUGGAAUCCCUGGAACAGUUGAGGAACUUCAUUCAGUUGUUCAAGAUACAUUUAGGAUUUCUGGGGAUUUCUGUUUGCAUUACAAGGAUGCUGGUUUUGGUAAUGAGUUUUUCUCCUUGCUUUCAACAACUGACAUUAAGGAUAAGGACACUAUCAAGGUUAUCUAUAUCCAGGAACCCCCUACAGUAACUCUGACCUUAACAGAUGUAGACAGAUCCUUCACAAGCCUUGCUGAUGAUCCUCUUCAAUUUUCUGACGAUGCCUGCUCAUCUACAUUGUCACAUGACACAUUGCCUGUCUCUUCAGAAUUAGAGACAGAAAGACCAGUCCAGCGAUCAAAUGGAUGGCCCAUAGAAUUUCCAAUCCCUCGUUUCUCUACCAGUACAGAGAUUCUGCUGCAGUCCGGCAAUCAAAACUUCAUUUGUUCUGGGACUGUUUUUGGUACUAAAGAUCUCAUCACACUACUUCCAGACAUCCUUGGAGGUUUAGCUGAGGCCAUUUUUGAGUACACUGCUUAUCCAUCAAGUGCACAACUAAGUCAAGUAGCAGAGGCCUUGACUAAAAAACAUCCCUGCCUCAAAGAACCAGGUUCUUUUCAUGGAUGUUAUGGAUGGAUUCAGCGCCUCAAAUAUAAAAUGAACAACUUCAGAUCCAAACUUCGAGGUACUGGCUGCCCCGAAAUUGUGGUGAACUCACUCAAGAGGAAACCAGCACAUGAGCAGGCUCCUGCUAAAAAUGUUAAAAAGCCUAAAAAGGCUGAAGUAAAUUACCUACCUCCACAUCCUCAAGGGGAAACAAGUGGAAGUUUGGAGAAGGAAAGAGUGGACCUCUUGUGUGAAGUGACGAAAAGGGAUAAUUGCCAGGUGAUUGCAGAGAAAAUGGCCAAGACAUUCUCUCUUCGCAGGCAAGAAAUCGUAUAUGAGGCACCCGCUAUCAGGAACUUCAUGGAGCGUUGGCCUGCAUUAUUUGAUGCGACACAGAUAAAGGAAGAGUUCAAGAGAAUAACCACUGUAAGCCUGGAAUCCACGUUUAUGGCUAAACUUGACCAUUGCACCCCAAAACUGAUGGAUGUCGUUUCAUCAAGGGGAGGAGCUAAAGGAGUGAGAAUCAGGCAGAUCAAGGACAUGCUUCUUGAGCACAAUACAAUCAAAAUACGCAGAGAAGUAGCCAUCCGCUCCCUUAUCACAUACCUUGGAGAGAAGGAAGAAGACCUUUUCAUGGAGUUUGGUGACACAGAAGAAUUUGAGGCCAACCUAGAAAGGCAGGUGAUGAAAAUUGCCAUCAUCGGUGACCGGUAUACCCCUGGAUCUGACCACAAGACUGGAACCAUUGUGGUGGAGGGAACAAAAAUCCUGGAAGGCCCGGAUAUCCCAAGUUGUUGUGCGUUACUCAUGGGCAUAAUAUAUGCUCUCAAUCUGAGCUAUUGCAAGGAACUGAAAUAUACUUUCGAAGUCUUUCAGAAGCUGUUCCUUGACCUUGAUGGACUGAGAGCCAGUGCAAAAGUAACAAGUCUCAAGAACAGUAUUUUCUAAAGAUGUCACUUGUUUUGAGCACUAAGAAAUUUUAUUCAGAUUGUGUUGCUUUGUAUUUGGAAGUCCACUAGGAAAAAAAUGAUAGUGUUGACAAAAAAUAGAAGACACUAAAUGUUUUCUAUCUAGUUAUUUUUGAUAUUAUAUUAAACAAAUUGUGUCUUCAUAGUUGUUGUACUACCCUGUCCUUAACACCUAUCCUGGAUUUAAUCCUCAAAGAGAUGUGCUGAUGAAUGAAACAGCAUUAUGUUAAACAUGUUGACUCUGUUUCAAAAAUUGUUAACCAU